AUGUCCGUUCUCGAGCAACUCAAGAAAGCUUCAACUGUCGUCGCCGACACUGGCGAUUUUAACUGUAAGUUUUUUUUUAACGUUUCAAUAUCACUGAAAAUGUUUCUCAACGACUUUAAAAGAAACACGAUUUUAUUAAAAUGAAGCCAACAACUUUCUUACUCUCAUCUUUCUGACUAUGGUUCAAAUUUGGAAGGUUUCGCGUUUAGACAAAUUUUCAGUUCCUUAGUUUAACAGUAAGAGAUUCAGUUAUAACCUCAAGUUCAGUAUUUUGCUUGAAAAUGGUGAUACUUCCAUUUUUUUUUAUUGACCGCUUUUUUUGGUAUUAAAUCAGCCUAAAACUCCUCAAUUUCUUCUUCAACCUAAACGGGAAAAUUGGCAUAUUUCCAAGUUUCAAUUUUUCUUUUUUUUUUAACUUUUUUUGAUAGAAAGCGUUUUAAAAAUAACGCAAUAAAAGUGAAAUUUGACAUUUUCAGUGAUCAAGGAGUUCCAACCGACGGAUGCCACGACGAAUCCUUCAUUGAUUUUGGCGGCGUCAAAAAUGGGCGACUAUUCCAAGCUGAUUGAUCAGGCCGUUGACUAUGCCAAGAAAAAAACGCCAAUGGCAAGGAAGAUGUUCGUUUUCAAGAACCUGUUCUUUUUGAUGUACUCAAUAUUGAAAAAAAGGAAAUUCUGAGAGUUUGAAAAUUGGAAGGAAAUCUGUCCGGGUGUAAAAAUUAAUAAAAAUUAGGUAGUUAAUUUUUUUCGAAAAUUCUUCAGGAAUAUUUUUAAAGUGCUCAUGUCUUAUAAAAUUCAGAAAGAAACUAGAAAGUCUCCUGAUUUUGAUUUUUCCUUGGAAUCUGUAUAUGAUUUCCCAGAAGGUCCAGAAAGUUUUGUUGAAACAAGAAACGAAUAAGAUGAUCCAAUUCAAUAACUUUCUCAGAUUUUGAUUUUUCUUCUUGUCUUUUUUUUCUUUAAGAUUCGCCAUUUAUUGUCUUUUCAAGUGAAACUUCCCUUCACAAUCCAGAAUUUUCGUCUCAAGCUCUUUCUUCCAGACGCUUCGAUUGGCCUUGGACCGACUUUGCGUCGUUUUUGGAAUCGAAAUCCUGAAUAUUAUCCCCGGCCGAGUUUCUACUGAAGUCGACGCCAGGUUUGUUGUUUUCGGCAUUGUGAUUUUUAGCCGAUACCGAGAAAAAUGAAUUUUGUACUCCUUCAAAGUUUUGUUAGAAAGUUCUUACAUCUAAUUUUUUUUUAAACCCUCAUCUCGUCAUAACGAGAAAAAACUUUACAGGAAUAUUAUUGAAAUACUUAUUUAUUGUUUUAAUCUUGCAGGCUUUCUUUUGACACCGAAGCUUCCGUGGAACGCGCUUUGAACAUCAUCAAGAUGUACGAAAAAGAAGGCGUUUCCAAGGAAAGAAUCCUGAUCAAGCUCGCUUCAACCUGGGAAGGUAUCCAGGCCGCAAAGUGGGUUUUUUAAAAUUAUUUUGCAAGCAGGUUCAAGAAAAAUGAGUGUUUUUUUGUUUAGAAGAUAAAAUCUUGUUAUUUAUAAUAAAAUUCUUCGAAAAAUUCUUUGAACUUUUCCUUGAAACUGCUUUCAUGUGGAUAUUAAAUAAUAAUAAAAAAACGGAUAUUCUCCGUCGCAUUCCCGGGUUUUUACCGAAUCAGUUGCUGAUCUUUUAAUUUCAUUUUUCCAGAAUUCUGGAGCAGAAGCACGGCGUCCACUGCAACCUGACCCUCAUGUUCAACUUCGAGCAGGUAAUUAUUGUUACCUUUGAUCAUUUUGCAAAUAGUUUCAAGGCCGUCGCUUGUGCUGAGGCCGGCGUCACUUUGAUUUCUCCAUUCGUCGGUCGAAUCAUGGAUUGGUACGCCAAGAACACCGACCAGAAGAAGUACGACAGGAACGACGACCCCGGUGUCAAGGUUUUCAACAAAACUUUGAUUCAAGACUUCAAUCGAAUUUUAAUAGCUUUAUUUUUAGAUAUAGAAAUUAUUAUUUACAGAGCGUCACGAAGAUCUACAACUACUACAAGAAGUACGACUACAAGACUCAGGUUAUGGGCGCCUCGUUCAGGAGCACCGAAGAGAUCAAAGGGCUUGUCGGAUGUGACCUUCUCACCAUAAGGUAGCAAAUAUUCUUUUAAAAAAACUCCAGCUUUUGUCUGGGUUUUUUUGGUUUCUUAAUAGUAAUGCAAGCUUUUUUUCAGUCCUGCACUUCUCAAAGAGCUUUCUAAAGAGAAUGAGGAGGCGCCAACCGUUUUGUCGAAAGAAAAAGGUGAACAUAUAUCCAAGUUCAUCAUUUUUGAAAUAAAAACUUUUAGCUAAAAAUUUGGAAAUCCCGAAAAUCACGGUCGAUGAAAAAACAUAUCGGUUCGCAUUGAACGAAGACGCCAUGGCUACAGAGAAACUUGCCGAAGGAAUUCGCAACUUUGCAAAGGAUGCCAGAUCUCUCGAGAAGCUUAUUGAAGAGAAAUUGUAA